CGUCCAUUCAGGGUGACGAAAGCAGUAGCAGGUUGUUGUAUACGCAGCAGCGGUUAGCAUCACAAUGGUGCCGUUAAACAUCCGGUUAUCACGAUAGAGCGGGUGAAUUCACGUCGUUAGAGGCCACCGGGUAACAAAGACUUUUAAUUUAUGUAGUUCGGUGAGGAUGUCGGUUCCGUCCGGAGAGGGAUGAAGAUGACACAAUUGUUUCGGCGAAGUGUGUCAUUGUGGCUAUAUAUAGCUGUAGUAUGUUGGUCUUCGAGGCUGUUUGAAUGCGUGGAAUCACCCCCAGAGGAGCAAAGGCCCGGGUCCACGCAGAUCUCUAUCCCCAAAGAGGAGUCUCAUUAUCAGGAAAAUGAGAAAAGCCUCAGUUUUCCUUCAUCUGACACAGAGCAGUUUACGGACGGCGAUCAUCCAGAAACUCUGCCAAAAGCACAAGAGGAGGAGCUAAAGGCCCACGCAGAGAGCUCUGAAGCAGAGAAGUCUGCUUUCGAAGUGGAGCUGGAUGCUUCCAAAGUGAUCUCAAACCCUGAAAGCUCCUCCACGUAUCCUGAAACGUCCGUCUCUGAGGAUCAGGUUCUUCAGCCGGCUUCCACAAACUUAGAGUUUGGUUCGUCUGCGGUGAAUAAUGAUGAUUCCAGCAGCGUCGGUCUGCAGGAGGACGUCCCAAACAGUGCUUCAAGUGAUGCCUCUGAUGCAGCCAUUGUUGAAGCUGGUUCUGAGGCGCUUCAUAAUGACUGUGAGGUAGAAGAGGAAAACCCCUUCGACACGGAAAGGCCUCCGUUGGUUCUGGAAAACACUUCCAACGUUCACACCACGGGGACUAUAAUCCACGCCGACCCCCCUCUGAGCCCUCCAGCUGCUCCCGCCGACAGACACCUGGACUCCAACAUGUCCAGAAAGCUGACGGAGCCGUCGGGUCUGAGCCCCCCCGGCCCAACGUCAGACACGGAGUCCAGCGGGAGCAAAGAGCCGGAGGACAUCCCCACCUUUGAUGAGUGGAAGCGCAAGAUGAUGGAAGUGGAGAAGGAGAAGACUCUGUCCACUGAAACCUUUAACAACGGCGGCUCCCAUGUAGCAAAGAAGGUCCAAAAACAUUUCAAUAAUUACGCCUCUGUUGAGUGUGGAGCCAAGCUGCUCGGUGCAAACCCAGAGGCUAAGAGCACGUCAGCCAUCCUGAAGGAGAAUAUGGACUUGUACAUGCUGAACCCCUGCAGCACCAAAAUCUGGUUUAUUAUUGAGCUCUGUGAGCCCAUCCAGGUGAGGCAGCUGGAUAUCGCCAACUUUGAGCUUUUCUCCUCCACUCCUAAAGAUUUUCUGGUCUCCAUCAGUGACAGAUACCCAACUAAUAAAUGGCUGAAGCUGGGAACGUUCCACGCCAGAGAUGAACGCACAGUUCAGAGCUUUCCAUUAGACGAGCAUCUCUAUGCUAAAUAUGUAAAGAUGUUCACCAAGUACAUAAAGGUGGAGCUGGUCUCUCACUUUGGUUCAGAACAUUUCUGUCCUCUAAGCCUCAUCAGGGUGUUUGGGACGAGCAUGGUGGAAGAAUACGAGAUCGCCGAUCCCUCAGAGAGAGCUGAUGAUCAAGACGACGACUUGGAUAACAUGGGCUUCUCAGCUGGUGAACCCAAGUCAGAGAAUCUAAUUGGAUCGGCUAAAGAUGCCAUCAUGAACAUGGUCAACAACAUCGCCAACAACGUUCUCGGGGGUUCCACGGAGAAGAAAGGCAACCUUUCAUCUCAGGAAGAGGGGAAAAGCGAGUCUCCAGAGGAGCCAGAGGUCACCUCUGAAGGCGUGACCUCUGACCUCCCUGCAGUAGAUGAUGUGCAGAUUUUACCGGAGUCUGACCCCCCUCCAGCUGAACAACCGUCUUCAGAGACCCCCCAGCCAGAAGAAAAAGACGCCAAUCACACUGAGAGUGAAGUUCCUGAAGAGGAGAAACAACUAGUCAUUCUUUUGGAGAAAGAGGAAGAAGAACCUACAAUCACCCUCCUGGAAAAGGAGGAUGAAAAGAAAAGAGACGCUCAUGAACAUCAUCCGGUUGAUCCAAACUGCUGCAGUCCGGCUCCUUCCCUCUGGGAGUUCGUCCUGCGCCGGUGCUCAGCUAAAAGCAGGAAGUGUCAGACGGCCGACGGAGAACCAGAAAGUCCACCGGCCUACACAUCUGUUUGGCCUUUAGCGCCCCCUUCUGAACCGGAGCCGCCUCACAUCGAGGAUGAGGGGACGUCGCAGCUACCAGAGACUGUGGAACAUUCCGAAUCUGAGCUGUUGGAUCCUAGUCUGACCUUGAACCUCCCCGCCUUUGAAGUGUCAGAGUCCUCCUGUGCCAAACCCACCACAGCUGUUGAAACCCCGCCCCUUUCUUCUAAGGAGCCAAUAAGGGAGGCAGAAAGGAGCCAGGAUGUGUCUGUGGACGACGUUCAGACGGCGGAGUCUUCCAGCAGCUCUGUCCAUGUGAUUCCCUCCAUCAGUUUCUCCGUUGAUGUAUCCGUGACUCCGACUGAACCCAACGCUGAGGCCACUCAAACAGAAAUGAUGGCCCCCAUCCCAACACAAGAUCCAUCUUCUGUCCUCCCGCCCACUUAUUCUUCUCAACCGGAGCAUCAGGCAGAGGCGCCUCUUGUUCCCGAGGGCCUUCCAGGUCCCACAGAAGGAUCCGGCCCGGCGUCAGAGCCGUUCAUGGAGGCUGAGACUUCUGGUAGCCAAGAUGCAAACACCGAAGACAUCCCUGCUUCUUCAAGUGGCAACGGUCAUUUGUCGCACUCCGCCUCCUCGGCUAUCCCUCAAGGCUCCGCCUCCGACAUCUACGCAGAGCCCUUCAACGGCACCGAGCAGAACGGGAACCCCAUGCACGGGUCCAGCCAGAAGGAGUCCGUUUUCAUGAGGCUCAACAACCGCAUCAAAGCGCUGGAGGUCAACAUGUCGCUCAGCGGACGCUACCUGGAGCAGCUGAGCCAGAGGUACCGAAAACAGAUGGAGGAGAUGCAGAGGGCUUUCAACAAAACCAUCAUCAAACUCCAGAACACGUCCAGGAUAGCCGAGGAGCAGGACCUGCGUCAGACCGAAUCCAUUCAACUGCUGCACAGCCAGCUGGAGAACGUGACUCAGCUGGUCCUCAACCUGUCUGUCAGAGUCAGCCAGCUGCACGAUGAGGUGUCGGACAGGCAGACGUACCUGCUGCUGUCCCUCAUGCUGUGUUUGUGCCUCGGCCUCCUGCUGUGUGUCAACCACUGCCGCUUCGCCGGCUCUCCAUCCACAGACCCAGAGCCGCCCGCGCCCAAAAGCUACACCCACUGCUGCCCUGAAAGGUCUCUGUCUUCCUGUGAGGAGGCGGGGCUUAAGAGGAGCGCGUCUUAUCCACUAAUCCACUCCGACUCUUUGCAGUUAGCCACAUCUGCAGAUCCAGAAGUUCUGCAUGCAGAUGAGACACAAAGUCUUUGUCCAGCAAAUAGAAAAAGGAGGCGGCGGAAGUCAAAGUUGCUGGACAAAGUGGAGGCACUGCAAGUCUCCGCAAAAUCCGCUCCGGAGCUUUGUAACGGCGCCGCGUGCAACGGAGCGCCCGCCUCCAAGAACCCCACAGUCCUCACCAAACAGUUACUGCUGCCCUCCUUCAGAGACUCGCCGUCGGAGGGCAGCUCAGAGGGGUCCUCGCACUCCGACGAGCCCUCGUUCUGCGGCAUCACCGCCGCCUGCUCCCGCGUCUGCGACGGCCUCCCGCAGCCCAAAACCCGCGCUGAGAAGCGGGCGCUGCGGCGCAGACCCCCAAAGCCGCGCUGUGCCGUGCUGGGCCUGCCCCACGACUCUCAGAGGGACAGGAGGGAAGCCAUGCCUGUUACAAUACAAGACCUCCUCAGGAGGAAGCCUGAGCCGCGCUCCGGCGCCGUGGCGACGCUCACCGGCUCUGUUUGACUCUCCAAAGAACGUCACAUCAAACACUUUACUCAUAGAGGGCUUUACGCUGCAGCAUCAGACAAUCUGCUAGUUUUUGUUUGCAGCACGUCUAAAGUCUUCCCUGCUUUCAAUAAAGCAUUUUUCAGCGAUGACUUCUACUGUUCAAACCACAUAUUUGCA